CCCCCUCUUACUUUCUUUAAUCAUCAGAAACUUUGUACUUUUCAUCUGUUCAUAGAUUAGAUGUAGUUGUCACCUGUGGACAUCAAGUGUGGAAGAUCCUUGGAAUUAUGCUUUCCACCAUUUGAUCUCAAUUCUGAGUUAGUAGACAAGUGGUGAAGAUUCACUUCCUAUGACCUCACUCUGCCAAUUUCAACGGUGAUUCUUUCUCAAUAAGCCAUUAUAAUGUGAAUCUGGGAACAGUAUCAGUUUCUGGUGUCCACUCCCUGGAAAGCUUUCAUUUUCAUUGAUUAAGCAGUAAGGCUAUAGUUUUUUCUAAUUUUUUAUUGGUACAUUUAGUAUACAGUGAUAACAUUCAUCAUAGGAAACCUGAGCCUAUAUGUGUACUCCUGCUGCUCCUUUUCUUCCUGUCCCCUCCCCUCCCUGCAGUCCCUCUUCUCUUCUUGAUUUACAAGUUACAUUUCCAUUGUUUCCUUCUAUUCUUUCUCUCUUGCCACUCCCAACCCCAGUGCCUUGUCCUCCUUCUCAUGUGACCACUGUUUUCCCUUUUCCCAAAACCUGUUAACAUUUUGAUCCUUAUUUAAACUUUUGGCUUCUCACACCACAAAAACCAUGGAAUAUUUACAGCCCAGUAAGGACACAGUCAGCACUGGGUUGGGUUAGAAAGCAACUGACAUUUUCCAGUAGCUUACUUUUAAUGUCUAACUAUGGAAUCUCAACAUGUUAUGUAUUUAUUAAAGAUGUUAAACGCUGACAAUACUAGAAAAACAUAAUAUUUUAAAAUUUAAAUUUUAAUUAAUAAAUUGAUGCUAUAAUCAUUAAUAUCAAGAAAUUGUUAACAUUUUUAAUUAUCAAUGAAUUAAUAGUCAAAAAUUUCAAAUUGCUUCUUAAAUACUUGUAAUAUUAUAUAAUUCUCAAUGAAUACAGUCAAAAAUUUCAAAUUGCUUAAAUACUUGUAAUAUUAUAUUUUAUACAGUAACAUUAAACUGCUAGUCAAUGAAACUAUUUUCUUAGAAGUAUCAGAUAAUUGGAAAUCUGCAUAAUGUUUCUUUUAUUUUAAAAUCUGCGUAUCAAUUUUUCUUUAAAAUUUUGUUUGCUGGAGAAUUAAUAAGUAAGAACAUGAAUGAGUAGAAUAGUAUUUAUGACAUAAUAGAUGCAAAAUGACACACAAAAAUAAUUCUCAAACUCAUAAAUGUAUAAUUAAAAAGUAAUCAUAGUACCUAAAGUAACUGUUUUGCUGUUUACUUAUUUACUUUUUAUUUUAAAUCAGUUUUAUUGCUGUAUUUUAUAUAUACAUGAUGUCCACAUUCAUCAUGGAGGAACUUGUACCUGUAAAUGAUGUUUUCUUUUCUUUGUACUGAGAAUCAAACUCACACUUUCCAGGCAGGAGCUGUUAGACAUGAUACACCUUGACUCCUCUUUAUGUUUGUAUUUUUCUCUCUUCCCUUUCACUCCUUUUCCCCUGCUUAUUUACAAAAGCUUUGUUUCUAUUGAUUCCCCCUUUUCUCUUUUUGUCCUCUUCCUCUCCUCCAUUUCCCCAUCCCCCUUCCUAAUUUUCACUUCAAUUUGAACAUUUUAUUCCUAUUUCACACUAUCUAUUAUACAUUUUGGUCCUUAUUUAUACUUUCAGUUUCUCACACCAGAGGAAAAAAGUUACACAUGUGUGCACAAUUUAUUUCAUUUAAGAGUAUCAUCUCAAGGUGCAUUCACGGAUAGAGUAUCAUCUCAAAGGGCGUUCACGGAUAUAGAAAUGUUUCAAAUAUCAGUCACAUCCAUUGUAUAAAAAACUACAUGUAGUUUAUUCAUUUAUAGGCUGAUGGGAAGCUGGGGUAUUUCCAAGAAUUAGCUAUUAUGAACUGUGCUCCUAUAAACAUGGGUGUGCAUAUAUUGCUGUGGUAUGAUGCUUUUAAUUCUUUUGGUAAGCAACCAACAAAGCCUAGUUUUAGUUUUUUGAAGGAUCUCUCUGCUGGUUUCCAUAAUUGUUGCACCAGUCUAUACUUUCAACAGGAACGGAGAUGGUUUCCUUUUCCACAUAGCCCCACCAGAAUUUGCUAUUUGUUGAUUUCUGAUUAGCAGCCAUUUUUUCUAGAGUAAGAUGGAACCUCAAUGUUAUUGUAAUUUGCAUCUCUUGAAUGACCACAACUGUCAAUUUGUUUUGGUAUAUUUAUUUGCAAUUUCUAAUUCUUCAUCUGAGCAGUUAUGUAUUCAUUCCAAAUGUCCAUUUCUGGAAUGCAUCAUUAAAUUUGCCAGGUCUGGGGCUAGGGAUUUAGCUCAGCGACAUAAGGGCCUGCCUUGCAAGCAGGCAGUAGUGAGUUCGAUCCCCGGUACCGAUAAAAAGGAAAAUUAUUUUUUAAAAAAAUUUGCCAGGUCUGAACUUUUUUAAUUCUUUACGUAUUCUAGCUAUCUAGCUAGUGCUUUAUCUGGAAUAUUUUUCCACUCUCUGGUUUCUUCCCACUCUGUUGGUUUCUUUUGUUGUGCAAAGAUUUUUAAUAAGAUUAGAUCCCUUUUGUAAGUUCUUUGUGAUACUUUCUCUGCAACAUUCAUAAUGUCUUUUCCAUAUCAUCAUGAGUUCUAUCUAUUCGAUGUUCUAUUCAGUCUUCUAGCAGAUUUCAUGUUUUUGUUUUAAUAAUUAGGGAUUUGAUCCAGAUCAAUUUUAGUUUAGUGUAUCAUGAAAAUAUGGGUCUAGUUUUAAUCUGUCAAGUGGAAAGCUAGUUUUUCCAGUAUAAUUUAUUAAGUAGGUGUAUUUUUUACAAUGAAAGUGUUUGGCUCCUUUGUCAAAGAUAAGGUGGCUGACUGUGUUUGGAAUUGUUUCUGUAUAUGCUAGUGUGUUCCAUUGAUUUAUGGGUCUGUUAUUUCCCCAUUACCAUACUGUUUUGUCACUGUAGCUUGAUAGUAUAAUUGAAAUCAAGGAUUGUGAUGCCAUCCUACCUUGCCUUUGUUUCCACGAAUGGGUUUUGCUUAUCACUUCAGCUUCCAAAUGAAUUUUAGCAUUGUUUCCUCCAAAUCUGUAAUGUAUGAUAUUGAUAUUUUGACCAAGACUGCAUUAAAUCUGUAAAUCAUUUUUACAGGAUGGCCAUUUUCAUUGUAUGUGUUCUUUCUUCCCAAGAACAAGGAAAAUCUUUCCAUUUUUUUUCAUAUCAUCUUCAGUCUCUUUUUUUCCUGAGUACUGUAUGUUUCAAUGUAAAGUAUUUUACUUCUUUCCUUACAUUGAAACUUAAAUAUUUAAAUUUUUUGGAUGCAAUUUUGAAAGGUGUUAUUUCCAUAAUUUUCCUCUCAGUGAGUAUCCUAUUCAUAUAUAGGGAUGUUUUUGAUUUUUGCAUGUUGACUUUCUUUGCAACUACAGUAGUGAAUUUUUUUAUUAAAUUUGGAAUUAUUUUGGUAUUGUUUAUGGGGUCUUCUAUGUAGAGUAUCAUGUCAAUCACAAUACUCACAAUUUAACUUCUUCUUUUCCUAUCCUUAUUCCUUUUAAUUUUUUCUCUUGUCUAGUUGUUCCAGUUAAUGCUUCCAGAACUAUAUUAAACAGGAUUCCUGGCUGUGGACACCCUUGUCUUGUUCCUCAUUUCACAGGAAUUCUUUCAGUUCUUGACCAUUCAGUAUGCUGUUGGUUUGGCUGUUGGUUUCUCAUAGAUCUCAUAAAUGUUGUAUCAGAUAAAGAUUAUCUAUACCAACUUUUUGUUGUUUUUCCCAUGUUUGCAUAUUUGACUUGUCAAAUGCGUUUUAUGCAUGUGUUGAGAUGAUCAUGCCAUUUUUGUCCUUAGCUGUGUUAAUAUUGUGUAUUAAAUUCGUUAAUAUACUUAUUUUCAACCAUCCUGCAUCCAUUGGAUGAUCCUUGCUUGUUCUGUGUAAUCUUGAUGAUUUGCUGUAUUCUGUUUGCCAAUAUCUUAUGAGGAUUUUUACAUCUAUAUUCAUUUGGAAGAUUUGCCCGUAUCUCUGUUUCUUCAUUAGUCCUUUACUGGUUUUGGUUUCAUGGUGAUGCUUAUUUCCAGGAAUGAAUUUGGGAGAGUAGAUUCACUUUGAAUUUCAUUAAAGAGUUGCAUGUCUCUGAAAUGUUAUUUAAUUUGCAUGUUUUUAAGUAGUUUUAUUGGUUUCUUUUGCCAGUGAUUGCCAAUUUCAUUGCACUAUGAUCAGACAAUAUGCAUGGAAUAAUUUCAGUUCCUUUAAAUUUACUCAAGCUUGUUUUAUGAACCAAUAUAUGUUCUCUUUUAGAGAAAGUUCUGAAUGCAUCUGAAAAAAUAUGUAUUCUGAUGUUGUGGGAUACAACACUCUGCAGCUUUCUUUCAGCACCAAAUGACAGCUUUCUGCCUGGCCCUCAGAGGAACAUGGAGCAUUCGAGGAUAAGAAGGGAAGACAUUAGAGCACAGGCAAAGAGAUGAUGAUGCCACAGAAGAGAUACAAGAUGCACUUUUCAAAGAUACGGUGAAUAAAGCCAGUUUGGAUGAUUGAGCUCAUAAUUUUUAACUAAUGUCCACACUCAUAAUGUUUAAUUAGGCAGGGCCAGCAGAGCCCCCUGAGUAUGGAAAGCCAGCAGGCCGGAACUCAAACAGGGUCAUGGUGACCCAUUGCCACCCACAGUGCUGCGCAUGGUGCUGGAGGCCCUACAGGCAAGAGAGCAGCGCUGGGGCACCUCAGUGGCAGCCAUCAAGCUCUACAUCCUGCACAAGUACCCCACAGUCGAUGUCACCUGCUUCAAGUACCUACUGAAGCAGGCCCUUGCCACAGGCAUGAGCCGUGGCCUCCUUGCCAGGCCCAUCAACUCCAAGGCCAGGGGUGCCACUGGCAGCUUCAAGCUUGUCCCCAAGCAUCAGAAGAAGCCGCAGUGCAGCAGGAAAAGUACUCAGACAGGGCCUGCUGGCUCCAGCAAGAAAAAGAUUGCAGAACCAUGUGAAGCAAGAGCUUCCUGCAAACAGGGCAAAGCCCUAGAGACAGCCCCUCAGGGAGGCUGCAAGGCGAAAGGCACUGGGCCACAGCAGGUUGUAGCCAAGAAGGACCCCCCAAAGUCAACUGGGGCUUCCUCAACUGUCCACAAGCUUGGCAGGAAGCCCAAGGUCUCAGGCAGCAGGAGCAGGCAAGAAGACACAGGAGCCCCUGGGAAAACUUCAACUGCAGCCUCCAAGCCUGGAAAAUGUGCUGCCUCCCUGAAGGGUACAAAACCCGCAGUGAAGGCCGCCCCAGGGCCUGGACCCAAAGUCAUUGCUGCCCCCAAAGCCGCCACUGCUUCCAAGGCUGGUGCCCCCAGGACCAGGACUCUGUCUCCAGCCAGGAAGGCUGGGGGCCCCAAGAACCCCAGGCCACUGGUCAAGAGGUCAUAGUUAUUGUACUCAGAGCUCAGCAGCUAUAGGCCGGUGGGACUGUGGGUGGCUGGGCUGGAGUUUUUAUUCCUCCAAAUCGUUGCACUACUAAUUUAACCCUAACUUAUUUCUCAAAUCAUGACCUAGAUAUCAAUAAAGACACUGAUGUAUCACCAAAAAAAAAAAAAAAGAAAAUUAACAUUACAAAAGUCACAUAUGUUAACUUAAAAUAAUAAAAUGAAUUUGGAAGUACACAUAUAAGACUGUAUUAACAUGCUCAGAUUCCAAAUAUUUUUCAUACAAAUUUUGAUAAGUUUGACAUGUAAAAUAGGAGUCUGCUAUCUCAUAUUUCAAGUUAUUUUUCCUCCACAAUAGUGAUCGUGGAUUUUAAAUCACAUCUAAGUCUAAUCUAUUAAUACCACCUGACAAGCUGAAUCAAUAUCACUACCGUUUUGUGACCCACAGUGAAUUGAUCUGCAACUGAUAACUCCCUGACUUUUGUGGCUCAGAAUGAUGCAAUUCCCCCAUGAAUUUUUCAUUCAUUCAUACCAAAAUGCAACACAAUACUUCCUAUAUUCCACUAAAUGAGAAACUUAGAUUCAACAUUCUAUUCUAACAAUCAGAAAAAAAAAAUAACUGAAGGAAGUGGACAAGCUCUAUCUGUUACCAGAUUGAGAACUGUAAAAGAAGUGAAAGCACAGGACAACGAAUUUGUCCUCAGCACACUUAGAGAGCCAGGUGAAUACAGACAACCCAAUGAGUUACUUCAGGAUCCUACAAAUGUGGCCAAAUGUCAGGGUAAGAAACUGUGAAUUGAAGUUGAAGAAUUUUUGGAAGUUCAGUGUAAUUCUGAGAAUUAAAAUACUCAAUGAGAUUUAGCCACAAUACUUUUGUGUUUUACCUAAACAAGUCUCACCUGGUUCCUAUAGUAAAUACAAGAGAGAAACUCUAUUGUAGAUUUAAAGAUAGAAAAAGAAUUAUUUUGACCAGCAUUUUCUGUACCCAACAAAGUUUUCUCAGUAUAAAUUAUUUUACAAAAAC